GCCGCCAAUGGAGAACCUGCAAGUGCUGCGAUUGCUCCGCGGAUUCGGAUUCGGAAUCGCAAUAAUCCUGAUUUCGGGAUCGGUGGAGGUGGAGAGCAGGCCAAGUGGAGAUCCCAUGGCGUUGCAAUCGCACUAUCUGCAGGCCAUCACCGCCUAUCGGCGGCUGGAGAGGAUCCUUCCCAAGGACGAGCUGCGGGCGGUGACGGGCAUUGGCCUGCUGAACGGCGCCCGGCGGGCGGAGGAGCAGAUGGAGGAGCAUCUGGUGGCGGCCAUCCGGGAGCUGCUGCUCCAGAUGAAUCUCACCGAGGGCGGGCGGGUGAUGGCCAAGAUCGAUGCCAUCGAACAGCAGUUGUCGCGGGAUCAGCGGUCGCUGGAGAUCCUCAAUCGGGUGAUGGAUGUGGUGUCGCAGGCCAAGGACGAUCACGAGUUCCGCGAGGAGCUGAGGGCGAUGGCCCAGCAGCAGAGGGAGGAGGAGCUGUUCAACCAGGAGCUCUCGGCCGAUCUCACCGAUCAGCCCAAAUUGGGCGAGCGACUGGGCAAGCUGAGGAGGAGCAUCAGCAGGCAGGUGCCGCAAAUGAAGAACGAACUGGAGGCCAAGAUUGAGAAGGCACUGCAGCACUUGUUGGAGCAGGCUGGGGAGGAUGGGCUGUUGGCCAGGGCCAAGCAGAAGGUGAUCCACAAGAGGCAAAUCAAGAAGGAACAGAGGAAGCUGGAGGAGGAUCUGCGGGAGGAUCAGGCGGAGCAGGAGCAGCGACAGAUGCCCCAGGAAAUGAGGAUUAUCAAGUCCAUAUUGUCAGAGGCUCAUGACUUGCGCUUCCAGGAUGACUUUCGGGAAAACAUGUUGGAUGAGCCGCCACCGCGGCGGAUUAAAAUAGAGCCCAAUCCCUCGGAGCUCGAUGACCUGGAAGUGAACGCAAAGUCGCCAAAUGUUACAGCCAAGGCCAAAGGUAAACCCAAAAUGAGAGCCAAGCCGGCGAAGCAGCAGGUGGAGGCAGUGGAGGAGGGCGCAGGAUCCCAGGAAUUGGCCACAAUGGAUGAUGACCCCGAUGACCUUGGCGAUGGGGAGGGGGACGAAGCUGGCGGCGGAGGAGGAGGGGGAGGCGGUGGUGGCCUGGUGGGAAUCAUUGGCAGCCUCAGUGGUGGUGAAGGCGGUUCCGAUGUGGGAGCUCUAAUUGGAGCCCUCACCGGCCUGGUUUCCACCUUAUUUGGCCCCGGUGGCCUGGACGUUCAGGGUCUGAUCCAAACGGGAACCUCCCUGAUUUCUGGUCUCUUGGGUGGCAACAAGAACUUUGGUCUCGUCCUGGGCCAAUAUGUCGGCACCGCCUUGGAUGGACUCUCUGGUGGCGGUGGAGCGAUCAACAAUGGGCAGUUCUUGGGCAACUUUCUUGGCACUGUGUUGGCCGCACUCAGCGCAGACCCCGAGGAGGAGGGCCCCCCGCAGCCGUUGACCUUCACCAAGAACCUGAUCACCAGCUUCCUGGAGGCCAAGUUCCGUCCCAAUUCGGAGGAGGGCUCCGAGGAGCGACACGGAAGUGCCGAGCUGCCACGCCCCCGCAAGAAGAAGGAGGGGGGUGGCGGUGGAUGGGCGGCGGCAGCGGCGAAUAAUUUUGAUUCCGGUGGCUUCGUGAAGCAGGUGGCCUCCCACCUGGUGAGCAAUGCCCUGGGAUUGAUUUUGAACGCCGGCUUGGGGGCGGCGGGCGGAGCUUCGAGUGCGGCCAAGAACAUAUUCGCCAGCAGCAGCAUGGGCCACCAUGCCAAGCCGGCGGACCAUCAUCGAUCCUGGAACGAUCCCUAUGACAACGAGCCAUUCUAG